ACACAGCGGUCGCUGCAUCAAAGCGCCCGACGCGAGGCACAGGCAGAAAUUGGAACAGCCAGUCCGAUCGAGGCAGGCCAGAGGCAACAACGGCAACAACAACAACAGCAACUGCAACCAAGCUGCAGACAGCAUGAGACUCACGCUCGCCUGGCUCUGGGUCUGCUUGGCGAUUUAUUGUAGCGGAGGCUUUGCCAACAACGGCCAAGGCAAUGUGGUCUUAUCUUUGCCACCAUCGCUUAUCGCGGCUACGGAGGUGGUGGCCUUGAGACAGCUGCAACAGCAGCAGCAGCAGCGGGAGCAACAGCAACAGCAAAUGCUGCACGAGCAAGAGCGCUGGAAAAAGGAUGCACGCGUCCUGUUUGACGGGGGCAUCGAUCCAUCGGCAGAUAUGGUGCACAGUAAGGAGCCGGCAUCCGCGGCUGGCAAACACAUUUCGCCCUACAACCACGACCUGGAAGUGGAGCAGCAGCCACAGCCGCAGCCGACGGAUUUUAAUCGAAAAGCACUGAGCGAGGCUUAUGAUUUAGAGGCACGACAGCAAUCAGUGCCGCAGGAAAUUGCAACGCAGCAUGGCCAUGGCCAUGGCCGUGCCACGCCCACGUUGCAGAAUUUCUGGGCCAGGCACUGUCUGGCCGCCAACAAUUGUCCACGCGAAUACAAUCGCGCUCUGGUGGCAGCCAGAACCAGAGAAGCCGUGUCGCGCAUGCGACAGCAGCUGGACAAAAUGAAAGAUUCGGGCAACGAAGACGAUCUGGAUGAGUCCUUAGAAAUGGACGACAACGACUACUAUGACAUAGAUGACAGCAAUGAAGGGCUUAAUGCGAGGGACAGCAGCAACGAGGUCUUCAUGCUGCUCACUGGCGAACAGGAUUUGGCCAAGUUUCUGCACUGGGCCAUGCAGCUGCUCUACCCAUCGCAGUUCCCGGCUGAGGGCCAGGGCGGCAGUGCAGCCGAGUUCUAUCAUCCGGGCAUGUACAUAUGGAAAAAGUAUAAUUUAUCGGGCCACUUGGAGCCGCCGCUGAUUGUCGAGGAGCCACACUAUGUGCUGGUGCGGCGCGAGAAGCAGAAUCAGAAGGAGAACUACCCACUGGGCGAUAAUCUAAGGCCAAAGGACGAUCCAUUUAUACCACCGCGAGGCCGCAAGCACACCACACCCGACCUGGAGGAGCUAUUGAAUCGAUACGAGCCAUUUGUGCCGAAUCGCGGCAAGCGCGACCGCGUCAAAGAUCUGUUCAAGUAUGACGAUCUAUUUUAUCCGAAUCGCGGCAAAAAGCAACGCGAUCUCUUCAAACCGGACGAUCCCUUCUUUUCGCAUCGCGGCAAAAAACUGAAGCUGAGCGAUCUUUACAACGUCGACGAUCCAUUCUUUCCGAAUCGCGGCAAACGGCAAUUGACGGCAAAGCAGACUCAGUUGCCACCGAGCAAAUGGGGAAGACUGCAGAGAACAUGGCAGUCGGACAGUGACAACGACAACAGCAACAGCAACAGCAAAGGCGAAGGCGACAACUGGCCUCAAAGAAUGCCAACGCAUGAAAUUAAUGGUAACGAUCAAUCAGUCAAGACAUCAAUGUCAGCCGACGACGCAGCCCUAGUGCAGCAACAAUUGCCGCUGCCCGCUAAUAGAUUGCAGUCGACAAGAUCAAUGUCAGCCUAUUUACAACAGCUGCAGCAGCAGCAGCAGCAGCAGCAGGAGCCAGUGCGCUUCAUUGUCAAUCCGGGCAUGCGCCAGCAGCAGCAGCAGGUGAAAACAUCCUGGCCAGCUAGAAGCCAUCAGCGCUGGAGGCGAUCUGCGCACAAUGCCCACUAGACACAAUUAACGCUCAACGAUAGUCCCAGCAGCCAUGGCUCUGACAUUGACACUGAUUAUGGUCAAUUGGACAUGUAAAUGGCGAUCGUUUAGCUAUAUACAGACAGAUAUAUAU